AUGAUAUCAGGUAAGGAACUGAGAAUCGUCUCACUGUUGGCACUGGAUUCAGUGUUCUUCAUCCUGGAAAUUACUAUUGGGUACAUGUCCCAUUCUUUGGCCCUGAUAGCAGACUCUUUCCACAUGUUGAACGAUAUAUUCUCACUCUUGGUCGCCUUAUGGGCGGUAAACGUGGCUAAAAAUAGAGACGCCGAUGCCAAAUACACAUAUGGUUGGAAGAGAGCUGAAAUAUUGGGGGCUCUGAUUAAUGCAGUCUUCUUGAUUGCAUUAUGCUUUUCCAUUCUCAUUGAAGCAUUGCAAAGAUUGAUUGAACCACCUGCAAUUGAAAACCCCAGACUCGUCCUGUAUGUUGGGUGUGCUGGUUUGGUCUCUAAUAUGGUCGGGCUAGUACUAUUCCAUGAACAUGGCCAUGGUCAUGGACAUUCUCACUCUGGUAUCGAAGAUUUAGAAUCUGGAGGUCAGAUUCACGAAGAAUCUCACUCACAUGCCCAUUCUCAUGACCAUUCCCAUUCCCAUUCCCCAACACCUGGUAUAAGCAUAAGUGAUGAAGAUUUAACCGGCGUCAUGCCUAAUGCAGUGGUGGAGAGAUUGGCAUCAGAAAGUACUUCCCUAUUGAAUAACAAUGACAAGAAACAUACUUCACAACAACAAUCACCAACUAGAAAACAAAAGGGCAAACAAACUCAUAGAUCCUUAAACAUGCACGGUGUCUUCUUACAUGUCAUGGGUGACGCGUUAGGUAAUAUUGGUGUUAUACUGGCAGCCCUUAUUAUUUGGAAGACUGAUUAUUCUUGGAGGUUUUACACCGAUCCAGUGGUCUCCUUAGUCAUUACACUUAUUAUAUUCUCCUCUGCUCUACCUUUAUCUCGUAAGGCAUCUAGAAUAUUAUUACAGGGAACUCCAUCGAAUAUAUCAGCAGAUGAUCUCCAAAGGGAAAUUCUUGCAGUACCAGGUGUCAUGGCAGUACAUGAUUUCCAUAUCUGGAAUUUAACUGAAUCCAUAUUCAUCGCAUCUAUUCAUGUUCAAAUUGAUUGUGCACCUGAUAAAUUCAUCGAAUCUGCUAAAUUAAUUAGAAAUAUCUUCCAUGAUCAUGGAAUUCAUUCAGCCACUGUACAACCAGAAUUUAUAUCGGGUGAUGUAAGUUCUGAUCUUCGUCAAAGAUUUUCUAGAAUUGCUGGCGGUAGAAACGAUUUUGCCUCCUCUUCCUCUGUUGGCAGUUCUGCUUCUGAUAAUGUGAACACAAGACCAUCGGCAUAUGGUGCAACCACGUCAGACUCACACUGUUUAAUAGAUGAGGCGGUUAAUUGCAAUACUGCGAAUUGCCUGUCCAAAUAA